AUGACUUCAGGGACCCAGUGUAGCGUAGAAGGCAGAUAUGUGUUUGCCGUGUUGCGAUAUGUAUUUGCUGUGUUCCGAUAUGUGUUUGCCGUGUUGCGAUCAGUAUUUGCUGUGUUCCGAUAUGUAUUUGCUGUGUUCCGAUAUGUGUUUGCCGUGUUGCGAUAUGUAUUUGCUGUGUUCCGAUAUGUAUUUGCUGUGUUCCGAUAUCGAUAUGUAUUUGCCGUGUUCCGAUAUGUGUUUGCCGUGUUGCGAUAUGUGUUUGCCGUGUUGCGAUAUGUAUUUGCCGUGUUCCGAUAUGUGUUUGCCGUGUUGCGAUAUGUAUUUGCUGUGUUCCGAUAUGUAUUUGCUGUGUUCCGAUAUGUAUUUGCUGUGUUGCGAUAUGUGUUUGCCGUGUUCCGAUAUGUGUUUGCCGUGUUGCGAUAUGUAUUUGCUGUGUUCCGAUAUGUAUUUGCUGUGUUCCGAUAUGUAUUUGCUGUGUUGCGAUAUGUGUUUGCCGUGUUGCGAUAUGUAUUUGCUGGGUUCCGAUAUGUGUUUGCCGUGUUGCGAUACGCAUUUGCCGUCCGAUAUGUAUUUGCCGCAUUCCUAUAUGUAUUUGCCGUGUUGCGAUAUGUGUUUGCCGUGUUGCGAUAUGUAUUUGCUGUGUUUCGAUAUGGAUUUGCUGUGUUCCGAUAUGGAUUUGCCGUGUUGCGAUAUGUAUUUGCUGUGUUCCGAUAUGUAUUUGGUGUGUUCCGAUAUGUAUCUGCUGUGUUCCGAUAG